CAUAUUAUAACAAGCUAAGCAUGGGAGAGGGAAAGGAGAUCAAUGAAGAAGUGAACGCAGAAGACAUUAGUCUCAAAGAUCUGUCGAAGAAGCUCGACGAAUUCGCCAGGGCCAGAGAUUGGGAGAAGUAUCACAGCCCCAGAAAUCUUCUUCUUGCCAUGGUUGGAGAAGUAGGAGAGCUAUCAGAAAUAUUCCAGUGGAAAGGAGAGGUGGAGAAAGGGUUGGCCAAUUGGGAGGAAUCUGAAAAGGAGCAUCUUGGGGAAGAGUUAUCUGAUGUGCUAUUAUACCUUAUUAGGUUGGCUGAUAUAUGUGGCAUUGAUCUUGCUGAUGCUGCCAUUAAAAAGAUUGUUAAGAAUUCUAUCAAGUACCCGGCCACCAAAGAUGUUCUAAGAGAAGAGAACCUUCUUUUUCUUUAGUUCUAUACCAAAUUUUGUUAUAUGAGUUUGGAAAAACAAUAUGUUUAAUUUCCACCCAACUGAGAGGUUGCAGUGAACUAUACGUGGAGUUGGAUUUGGAUCUUGAAAUUGAUCUACUUUCAUAUCUAUUUGGAGGAGUUCUCAAACGGUCAUAUCUACUUUGUUCAUGUCGUUUUUUCUUUUCUUUUCAUGUUUGUUUGUUUGAUCCGGCGAUAUCAUUUGGUUUCCGACGAUAUCCAGUGGUAUACGGUGUCAUCCAGGGAUAUCCGGCGAUGACCAAUUUUGUGUUUGUGUUUGUGUUUGUGCUUUUCUUUUUCUUUUUUAGUCCUCUUGAUUGUAAUCCAUCUUUAUUGUGGCUCGAGUGCCUACGGGCCUCUUCUCUUAUCUAAUUUAUUGGGUAUAUGAAUACAAUCA